CAUGAGUUACAAGAGCGACAAGGAAGGAGUAAACUGAGUUAGUAAUACGGUAGUAACAUAAUUGUUUCAGCUAAAAUUUUGUUCAUAACUAUAGACGCGUGUGAUUACUUAAAGUGCUUACCUGCUAAGUAGAAAACAGCUCCGUUUGAGUUUAACUAACUUCAUACGACUCGCUAACUUAGCAAAAAUGUAGCAAGCCACUAUCUGGGAUUGACUACCGUGAAUGAACGUAAGAAAAAGCGUUACUUAACUGGCAGACUUUGUUCAAAAUGUCUACUGUGUACUGAAAAACAAAACUCAAAAGCUAAAGUGUGAGCUUUUUCCCAGGACUUUGGACUUUUCUACCCUCGUACAACAACAGUGUCCAACUUCAUCAACUGUAGUAACGUUAAUCAUGUCAGCAUCAACAUCAGCAGCCAACUCAUCCCAGCAGCGGGUUAAACUCAGCGGCUCCCCCACAGCCUCUUCCACUGCCUGUAGCAACAACAGCACCACGGUCCGGUUGCAGCCUAUCCGCGCCACGGUGCCGUACCAGCUUUUGCGUGGAAAUCAGCACAGCCCAACCCGUCCCUCUUCCUCCUCCUUCUCAGUAGCUGGGAGCAACACAGGACCGACGUCGUCCCGUUGCUCCAGUCCCGCCAACCCGGGUGGAAGCGGCUCGGAGGGCAGGCUGGUCCCCAGGCAGAGACUCUCUUCGCCGGACAGCAAGAGCUCACCCGACGGCUCUCCCUAUUCGGCUGUUUCCAAAGUUGAAAGAGCAAAGUCGCAGCAGGUUCGGAGCUCUGGGGUGAUUCGUCGGACUUCCUCCCUGGGCACAAUCACAGGGCCCUACCUCACUGGGCAGUGGCCUCGUGACCCCCAUGUGCACUACCCAUCUUGUAUGAAAGAUAAAUCCACACAGACUCCUGGAUGUUGGGUUGACGAAACAGGUGAGAAGAGGAACACCCACCAGCGUUCGGCGUCCUGGGGCAGCGCCGAUCAGCUCAAAGAGCAGAUCGCCAAGCUCCGGCAGCAGCUCCAGCGCAGCAAACAAGGAGGACGCCACAGUAAAGACAAAGACCGCCUUUCCCCCCUCCAGUGCAACGUCAUCAACUACAGUGUCCUGAACAGUACCACCAACAGCACCUUGACUGCGGCUAGCCACGCUCAGCAGUUUUCCAUGUCGAAGUCGGCCCAGAUGCCGCUGUCCAACAUCACAGUGCCAAAGCCCUCCAUCUCUAGGGUGCCCAGCAGUAUGGAAGGCAUCAACCAUGAGCUGGAGAAGGUCUUCAUCAAAGACAACGGUGAGAAGGAGGAGCUCAAGGCUCUGGAGGUUCCUGAUGGGCGGCGGGCUCCUUUCCCUCCCCAGCAGCGCAGCAGCAGUACCCGAAGUGUCGACACCCAAACGCCCUCGGCACCCGGCAGGUCCAGCAGCUGCUCCAGCCUGUCACCCUGCCCCUCGCCUGCCUGCCCACCGGGAUCCCACGACGGCAGUCCAUACUCCACAGAUGACCUACUGUAUGACAGAGAUAAAGACAGCGGAAGCAGCUCACCACUGCCCAAGUUCGCUUCUUCACCCAAACCCAACAACAGCUACAUGUUCAAGCGGGAGCCCCCAGAGGGCUGUGAGAAGAUUAAAGCCUUUGAGGAGAUGAGCUCCAGGCAGUCCACGUCAGCAUCGGUCCCUCUCUUCUCUUGCCCCGACAAAAACAAGGUCAACUUCAUCCCGACAGGCUCGGCGUUCUGCCCCGUUAAACUCCCCGGUACCCUGCAUCUCACCCCGGCUUCGGAGCCCGAGGAGGACGACCCGGAGGCGGGCCCCAGCUCGGGGCCUCAGGGGGCCACAUCACUGUACAGCGCCCCCACUCAGGUCUCCACCAGCACCAGCACAGACGACCCUCCAGAGGAGCCCAGCUCACCUUCCCACACCUCAGAGACUGCAGCCUCCCAGACAGACAGCCCGGCCAUCAGCUAGAUGUGAGCAGAGCUGGUCUCUGCCUCGGGAUUCAUGCUAGCAACCACCAACCACCAUGACCGACUGACCUACUGACGCCUCCCUCUCCUCUGCUGAAGGAGCUUCCCUCUCUCUGUGCUGAACCCCCUCCCGCCUUUCUCUCUCUCUGCAUGACGUAGCAACAAUGUCCUGAACAACAAUCACCACCACCAACACCACAAAGACAAGCCACCUUAAUGUUCUGUCCUGCAUAUUGUCUAAGCACUGUUCUUGGCAGGGAUAGACCUGAUGUUUCAGAGGUUAGAAUAUGCCGGCAUCUGAGGGAAGGAAUGGAAUACUGUGUAUGGGGGGCAUGCAUUUUAAACUGGUAAUAUGUUUAUGAUUAAAUUAUGUGUUGUGUUCUGUUUCAACAUUCACAGUAUGAAUAAGCUCUCUAUACAUAUAUACACAUAUAUCUCUAUGAAAAGAAAGAAAAAUGCUUGUUAAAAAAAAAAUCCAAAACUGUGUAUUGCUGUGUUAUGUACCCAACAGGAAAAACAGCUGUACUAUUCAGGAUUAUGUUUACACUAUCCAGGUCACAUUGUCGAACCCUCUCUGAAGAAAAAAAUGCAAUCAAAAAUAAUUUGGGCAAAGGAAAAGACAAAAUGGCCACAAUUCGUUGCACAGUGUCUGCAUCUGGCCUCGCUUCAGGUAUUUCACUCGGAGUCUAUACUCAGGUAAUUUGGAAUGUAUGUCCAUACAAAUAUCUGCAGCUUGAUUAAGCAGAACAGUUCCACUUAGCAGUCACUCAUUUACUCCCGUUGUUUUCUCAUCUCCAGAAACAUUCCUUGUUGUUACAGAGUUUAGUCUGAGAUUCGACUUGUGCUCGCUAGAUGCAGAGGGUAUAGGGUUCAACUAGACUGUGCUGCCUGGUUGCCUUUUUGACUGGUGGUGAGGUACUGUAUGGACCAGACACACUGUGACCGAUAGCAUUUCUGGCUGUGUGUGUACUGAUAGAAGCAUGCUUCAGAGGGACUUGGAUGACAUGGAUGUCUUACUAGUUGGAGCCUCAUGACAGUGUGUGGUUGGGUCUUCUUUGCUGUGACGGCGGACUUCUGCGGUCACAGGAAGACAAACCAAACGGAGAAGCCUUUGGUUCGGUUCAGGUGCAGAUUGGAGUUCUAGUGAGUCAGUAAUUUUCAGAGGCAGAAAUAAGCUGACUGGUUGAGUUAGUCAUCAGUAGGCAAAAGCCACAGAGACAGCUUUUUGGAGCGCAUGUUAGCUUACUGGCAACCUUAUAUAACAAAUAAGGCAUGGUGGUAGAAGCAGAAAUUAUAUUACCUCCAAGAAUAUGUGAGGCCACAACCUGGGUUAGGGUUAGAACUGGGCUAAACAGAGUCAGAUGAACAGCGAUCAGUGGGACUAUACACUGG